AGAAACCAAGAAACACUUCCACAUUUCCUCCCCACAAUGGGUAAAAUCCCAUAAAUCUGCUUGCAAAGAAGAAGAAAAAAAGGGCUAAGACAUGGUAGACCACAAUCCUAUGGUUGGAGAUGAGUAUUUGCUGCCCAUGAACUCCUUAUGCCCUGUUUGGAUUGACCAGAGAGGGCAAAACCAGAGCAUGGACGAACUUGGAAUUUCACUCCCUUCUGUGCUGCUAUCUGAAGGAAAUCCCACCAGACCUCUUCUCAGUUUUAAAGAUUUCUCACCAGGAAAUUCCCAUCCUGCCCCUGGGAAUGUUCAAACGCAGAAUGAUUUCCCGGCCGCCGGUUUCCCAUAUCCCGACGAUCUCGACUCUGGUUUCCCGGUUGAUGUUGCCAGAAAAUGGGAUUUUUUUCCGUAUUCCGAUGACCAAACACGCCCUCCUUCGAGAUUCGCAUAUUCGCCGCCGCCGGCAGAAAAUUCGCAUGGGUCAUCGAGAUAUCUGGGGGCGGUUCAAGAAAUGCUGUCUGAGAUUGCCAGAUAUUCGCUAGAGAAUGUCAACUCGAUGUGCUUCGACCCCACCAGUUAUAGCGACGAAAUAGGCGGCGCCGGCGCCGGCUCAGCCGUAGGCUUCCCCGACCACUUUGGCGGAGGGGCCCACGGAGGAAUACCUCGGGUCGAUGCGGAAACUAAGCGGAAACAUCUCCUGGCCCUCUUACAAGCGGUAGAUGAUAGGUACAACCAAUGCAUGGAGGAAUUGCACAUGGUGGUCUAUGCAUUCCAUGCUGCAACUGACUUGCCCCACACCAUAGCCUCUGCUCCUUCAACUACUCUACACCCCCACCUGGCUCUCCGGACUGUCACCCUCUGGUACAAAAACCUGAGGGACAGAAUCGGAACUUCCAUUCUCGCAAUGGGCAGCCACGGAGGGGCGUCAGAGGAGAAGUUUCUAGAAGCGUCGUCUUCUGCCUCUGUGCUGCAGAGGCAAUGGACGACGCUUCAGCAACAACAACAGAGGAAGAAGGAUCAUUAUCUUCAUCAUCAUCAACAACUAUGGAGACCCCAGCGGGGAUUGCCCGAAAGAUCCGUUGCCGUUUUGAGGGCUUGGAUGUUUCAGAACUUCCUUCACCCAUACCCAAAGGACACUGAGAAGCACUUGCUUGCUGUAAAGAGUGGACUAACAAGGAGUCAGGUAUCGAAUUGGUUCAUAAAUGCGCGGGUUCGGCUGUGGAAGCCAAUGAUUGAGGAAAUGUACGCGGAGAUGAACCGGAGGAAUCGCCAUCAAAAUGCAGCAGAGCAAAUCAAUGGUUUUAGAAACCAAAUAUGUUUGAAUGAAUGAGCUGUGAGGGAAAAUGAAUGAAAAUAAGAAGAAAGAAGAAUGAUAACAUAUUCAUUUAUUAGAAUUGUGGUUCAUCAGCCAUCUAUGUAUGUAAAUGUAUUUAUUAUUGCUGGAUUGUUAUUAUUUAUGGUCGUGUAUAUAGCAGUAAGUAUGUGUCAUAUAAUGAAGAGAACAUUUGACCAAUAUGGUUUUUUUUUUACAACUAUAGGACACUGGUCUUUGGGAUGGACUUAAUUAUAGAAUUAACGGUUUAGGUGUGCUUGUUGCGUGGCUUCAAGGUGAUCUAAUAAAUUUUGGUGUUUGGA